AUGCUACCCUCAAAGGAUGACGACGCCUCGCGCGUCAUUUAUUCAUCUAACGAUUUACCGGUGGACGAAAGCGAGAAUAUGUUCUGUGGGGGCGAUGGAAGUGCGGCCUUGUCAGUGCAAGGCAAGAAGCAAGCACUUGCGGAUGUGAAGCCUUCCAGACAUCGCGAUACCUAUUUCGGAGCGUUGCUCUUCAACAUCUGCGCAUUCAUUCUGCCGGCUCUCCACGGCACCUUAUCCAAGCUAUGGGUCGCAAAAAUCGACUCCUCCAUGGUAGCCACGACAGACAGCUACACUUACAUUGGUGUUGUCGCAGAAGUCCUUAACGAAGGCCUUCCGCGUGCAUCAUACUUGGUCAUCGGUGACAAAUCCAAUCGCACCUUCCGCGAGCGACUCCAGCUAACCCAUACGCUCAUUCUCUUCCAAUCCAUCCUAGGACUCAUCAUGAGCAUAGGGUUCGUGGCUGGAGCGUCAAGUUUCGCGAAAGGCUUUGUCCCGGCCGAAGUGCGAGACGCGAGUGUCACCUACGUUCGCAUAUCCGCUUUCUCUGCGUUCAGCUCCGCUAUGGAGUAUGCAGUGAGCACAUCGACACGUGCGCUGGAUAAGCCGGAUGUCCCACUCAUUAUCAGCUCAGUCAAAUUUGCGGUCAACAUCAUCCUCGAUCUGCUCAUCAUCUCUAAGUUCCAUGUCGGUAAGAUUACGCCAUCAGUCAAUAUGCAGGCUGGGAUCUCACUUGCUUGCAACCUUACGGCUGCCUUUGUAGGUUUGGCAUACUUCAUCUACAAUACAAGCUUUAGGUCUAGGCCAGCAAUCCACGGCGACCCUGGCUUCAUCUUUUUCAUCGAGUCACUUAUCCGGAACGCGCUGUACCUUUGGCUCGUUCACGGCAUCGUUGACCUAGGUAGCGAUUACGCGACUUCUUGGGGUGUCUUCACAACUAUCCGCUGGGGUCUCGUCAUGGUCCCGGUCCAGGCACUCGAGGCCACAACACUUACUUUUGUCGGGCACUCUUGGGGAAAGUUUCGUUCAGGUCUUGAAUCUGCCACUCAAGACUUCAACCCACGAACAUCACGCACCAAAAUCUGGAGUAUAGUGCGGCGGGCAUUCUACUCCAUUGUCAUUGUUCUACUCGUGGAGAUCCCACUAUGCCUCUUGAUGUCCUUCCUUGGUGCGAAGCCUUUCGCACUAUAUCUUUCGGGCUCGGAGAAAGUAUCGCGCAUUGCAGCCCGAAUGUGGCGGACCAUCGACUGGUGCUAUAUCCUCUACGGCGUCUCGACACAGCUCGCCGCAAUCCUUGUCUCGACUCGUCCGAAGUGGUAUCUGUACCAAUCACUCGCAUCAAAUCUGCUGUACGUACUGCCAUGGGCGAUUGUAUGCCAAGUAGUCCCGCUCAACGCGAGCGAUGCUUGGACGUAUCAUAGCUUAGUGUUCGGUGGUAGUCUAGUCUUCUCCUUCUUUGCGGUCAUCGCAGUUGAUAGUGUCUUGGCAUUCAGGCUGAGACGAGGGAAGAUGAUAGUGAGCCCCCCAUGAUAUAAUGGGGAACAUACACUGCAUGGGUACAACCGAGAGAUCUAGUGAAAAGAGGAUACGCGGUGAUAGUGUAUAAGUCUUGCUCGACUAGCUAGUAGGUAUUAGUGCGUUUCUUCUGGCAACCGACAUAGGGAAGCAAAAUGGCGAGGAUUGUGGUCAACGCU